CUUUCAGGAAAGCCCAAAGUGUAUCAAGGGGUUAGAGUGAAGAUCACUGUGAAGGAAUUACUGCAGCAGAGAAGGGCCUGGCAAGCAGUGGCAGAUGCAACCGUUCCCCGAGGUGGCAACGGUGGCAGUGUCCAGUUUCCAGAGCCUGCCUCUCCUCCUUGCACAGAGCCGUACUUUGAGGCUGAGCCCAUCACAUCUGCUCCCAGCUACUUCCAGCCCCGGGCAUUUCCAAACUGCAUUUCCUGCGAGGAGAACCCGAGCUAUUUGGAGCAGCUGUUUGAUUCUUAUCUCCAAGCAGAGCCGCCCUCGGACACCUCUCUCAACGCUUUCCAGACCUCCACACAUUACAACCCAGACAUCUUCCAGCCAGCUCCUCUCUCUUUCAGUCAAAGCCUGGUUCCAGGAUCUCCAGAUUCACCCGAUCUCUUCAGCCCACUAGAUUAUACUUAUUCCCCACCGCAGCUGCCUCCUUUUGCUCCACUGAACUACAGCACUCCCUCGCCUCUCGAUACCAAGAACUAUGGGUAUGCCGGGGAGGAGUGGGCCUACCAUGCCCACCCCCAUCCGCAGUCCAGCUGCUCCCCGUCCGCCUGUUACUGCACAUCCUGCGGCUCAGAGCACUUGGAGAGCAUCAGGGUGUCUGAAUACUACCCCUACCCGAGCACAGACUGCAUGGACUACCUGCCCCCAGCGACGAUGGCUGAUGACUUCUUUAGAAGAGACAGGAGCUGUGACAUCUGCUACAGUUAAUGGUGGUGGUGGCUUUAGACAGACACGUCCCAAGACCAGUUAACUCCAGGUGUUACCCGGAGCACCACUGCCUGACACAAAGUCCAGUUUCUUCCUCACCACUUACACUGAAGCAAGUUAGCCAUCGCUGCCAUAGUUUUCACUCACAGCCAUUCUCCUGUCCUGUGCGUUACAAUUUCAUUGUGAACAAGCUCUUUUUU